CCAAUGAGAGAGCGUCGUUCACUGAGUGCUACGGGUGUGGAACGUGGGUGCGAUUCUCUGGAAUAUUUCGUGUGAUUAGAACAGUGAGAAAUGCAGAACUGUGCCAACUUGGGUGUCAUCUUAUAGCCUGGAUUCUGCGUUUUCAGGAAGGAUAUUUUGUUCACCUGUGAAGAUGCAUCCGACACGCCGCCGUAAGAAGCGGCCGAGCUACGGCGUUCGCACCGUGGAGGUACAGCGCGGCGCCAACGGGUUCGGCUUCACCAUCUCCGGCCAGGCGCCGUGCCUUCUGAGCUGUAUCGUGGCCUCGAGCCCGGCGGACGCGGCCGGUCUCCGCCCCGGAGACUACCUGCUGGCCGUCAACGGUCAGAACGUGGCCGCCAGCCUGCACGACGACGUAGUGCAGCUGAUUGGCAGCACGCACUCGACGCUGCGGCUGCAGAUCGCCGAGAACUACUACACGGACAGCUCGGAGGACGAGGCGUGCGUGGCCACGCGCAACAAACACAAGCCGGCGCACCGGGCACGGCACCGGCACGGAGCGCCGCGCGCCGGCCCGGCCGGCGGCCGAUCGCCGGCGGACAGCUGGGACGACGAGGAGCCGGCGCGCCGCGUGCCCGGCCCGCCGCCGCCGCCGCGCGACCCGCAGGGCUUCCUGCAGCCGACGGCGCCGGCGGUGCGGCCGGUGCGUCGCGCGCGGCCCGGCCCCAGCCAUGUGGCUGCCGCGGCGGCGGCGGCGGCCGGCGGCGAGCGGCUGGUGAUCACAGAGCAGACGGUGAACGGACUCAUCUACCCGACACUGCAGGAGCUGCAGCGCGAGCGGCAGCAGGAGGUGGACCCGGCCCUGUUCCGCGCCGUCGUCGGCUACCUGGGCACCAUCGAGAUGCCCAAGGAGAAGGACCUGGCCGGAUCGCGGCUGCAGGCCAUCCGAAACUGCAUCCGCCGGCUGCGCGUGGAGAAGAAGGUGCACACGCUGGUGCUGAUGUCAGUGUUUCCCAGCCGCGUGUCGCUGUCAAACACGCACGGCUGGGCGCUGGCCACCUACCCGGCCGACCGGAUCACCUUCUGCGGCAUCUACGCCGACGACAAGCGCUUCUUCGGCCUGGUGACGGUGCACCGGCACGACGACCCGAGCGACCAGAGCCAGGACGAGUCGUCGCCGCCGCCGCUCUCCAGCUCGUGUCACGUGUUCAUGGUUGACCCGAAGCUGGCGGCGCACGGCGACCACGCCAAGCGGGCGCGCACGUUCGGCCUGCAGUGCUCGGUGGCUCCGGGCGGCGGCGGCGGACGCUGUCAGGAGUUUCCGGACACGGCGGAGCCGAUCCUGCAGGCCAUUCUCAGCCUGUACAGGAACCGAGUGCUGCCGGGUAUGGCGGACCCUGACAUGCAGCCCGCCUCGCCGCCACACAGCAACACCAGCAGCAACUCGUCCAACAGCGACUCCGGCAUCGGCUUCCGCGACGACGGACACCCCACCGAGCGCAUCUUUGUGGUGGACGUGGAACGGGAACGACUGCGCAUCCACCGUGUCGGCAACCAGGGCGGUGUGAUGGGUCCUCCGCCGCCGCCCCCGCCGGCCGCGGCGGCGCGCCACGCCGAGCGCCGCGUACCGCCCACGCUGCAGCACUCGAACAGCUGCCGGUCCUCCGACUGCAGCUUCGUCCGCAGCCUGGAGGACCUGCGCGGCGCCGGGGUGGGCGGCGCCGCCGGCGGUGCCAGCAGCAGCAGCGGCGGCGGCGGUCGGCUGGCCGCGGCGCGUCUCUGGCACGGCUCGGAUACCGAGCUGGCGCGCAUGGUCACUGGCUCGGAGGCGCGGCGGUUUGUCCGGUCCCUGGAGCGGCACCCUGACGAGGUGCGCACGGACCCGGGCGGCCGCGCCACGCCGGCCACCUCAGCUGCCACCGAUGAGGAGCCAAUGGUGAGUACCCGAGACUGCCGAGUGGCGGUCGAUGGGUGGGUGGGAGAAGUGGUCUGGGCAGCAGCGACCGGCGCUGGCGGCGCCGGGGCUGCGCGGCCCGUGUCGCAACUGUGUCGCUUAUGAGUAAUGCAUGCGUGUGUGUUAUGCGAGCUGUGCUAUUCGUGUCGCGGGCGGUGUUCUCUCGUCC